UUUCGCAUCUGCGGACUGGCCAACUUGGAAAAAAUAAUGUUCCCAGAAUUCUCCGACGACGACAAAAGCAAUCCCAAAGAUGAUCUGUUCUUGUCAGAGUUUGCUGCUGUUUUCAGAAACAAGUCGCUGUCACCAAUGCUCCUGGAACUCGUGGACAGCUUCCAGCAAUUCGUGGUGGACUGAAUGACUUUGGAAUUGCUGUUCAAUCAGAUUGACUAUGUUCCAACUGCUGUGGCUGCUGGAGCUGGAGCAAGGGUAGCAAUCUCUGAUCCAGGCACUUUGCCAGAUCCUGCAGAUGCUGGACAUUACAUUCAACCAAACACUGAAACUGAUUUCACCCUCAGUUUGUCCACAAUUUCAAGUCAUUCUGAAAAUUUGCAGGAGAAAUUGUUCAUAAAAUAUGGAACCCUCAUCACUGAGAUGGCUGGCAGCAAUGCAAAAAGCGACGAAGAAAGAAGAAGCAUUUUGUCAAGGGAAUUUGCCAAAGUCAACAUAUAUUUUGAAACUUUGAAGGUGGAAAAAAUUCAGGAGGAAGUCAAAUAUGAUUUCUCAAAAACACUCAGUGACCUUGGAGGAGCCACUGGUCUGUACUUGGGAAUAUGUGUGGUUACUUUUCUGGAAGUGCUGGAACUCUUGAUGUCAAUCUGUGGAUCUCUUCUGAGACCAAAAUGGCUGCACUCAUCAGAAAAGGUUGAAGAUGCUGCUGCUGAAAGAACCAUGGCUGGCAAUAAUGCCAGGUCAACACCACCCUUCUAUCCAAGAAAUCCAUUGGAGAAAUCCUUCAAGAAUUCCUAUGAAUAUCUUCAGUCCCAUCAUAUUUGA